AUGUUAAAAUCGGAUAUUCAAUUAUUAAAUGAUGGAAUUCAAGUACUAAAGCCAAUGUUAACACAAUUAAAACCGAAAAAUAUGAUCGAUUUGUAUUUUGAAGUUUUACCAUUCGAACAAGCGUUUUCAAGUAUUCUUUCACUUCUUAUCGGUGUAAUGACAAUUCCAGUAUCAUCUACACCAACAGAAAGGACUUUUAGUAAAAUGAAGCUCAUUAAAACUGUUACACGUAAGAGCAUGUCCGACAACAGGCUUAGCGAUUUAUCGUUACUAGCAUUCUUUUUAAUUUUGCCAUCACUGUGA